AUGGCCACAAACCUUGAAUACAAUAGCCAAGCGUCCGUAGCUUCAAUGUCAACCCACAGGAGAUUGGCUUCUGGUUCACCCACUGUCAUAUCUGGCGUCUUAUCUACGGCUGCUACUGCUGUCACCACUAACACGGUAGCCCCUCCAGAACUGGCAAACAUUGACUUUAAGCCAGCACCCACAGCCGUCGUAAAAAAUCCAAAACUCAAAAUACACGUUUUGCUUGAUUCGACUAUCUACACCGCGGGUGGUAAUGUUUAUGGACGUUUGGUAUUGACAAGCUCUACGUCAAAAUCCAUAAAGAUAGGGGAAAUAUCCGCCGAAUUGACGGCUUACGAAGAGUUAUCGACGCGAGAUUUUACGGCCUCCCAAAGUUUCUUAUCUUCACGUCUAGUUUUCCAAGGCGCUACCCUUCCGCCUUCGAAUGCUGUCCAUGGUCCAAAGGAAAAUGGUUUCUGGACUGCCAAGAAGGGGAAAACUACAUUCCCAUUUGCCUUUAAAAUUCCUGCCGAUGCACCGAGUUCGAUUUCAUUUCAAAGUGUCGCCAGCUUAAAAUAUGUGAUAACAGGGGUUGUUCAAAUCAUGUACAAUGGCAAGGAAGAUACGUUGCUUAAAUCAAAAGAAGCGUUCGUCGUCGAAUCAUGCGAUAUUGAUAACCCUAUCUACAAAGAACCAGUAGAGGCAAUGAAUAUGAGACAAUUAUGGUUGGGUGGGAGCGGAGCUUUAAUGGUAGAAGGAACGUUAGUCGAGAAACUUUUCAUGAGCGGCGGAAACGUCAGCGUAAAAGUGCGAGUGAAGAACGAUACGAAAAGAAGUGUACAAGGAUUGAAAUUGGCUGUAAAGCAAAAAUUGGCGAUUCUUGCAAACAAGAACAAGAAGGAAGCGGACGACGUGAAAGUAGUUUCUGUUACUGUCGCAGAAGAGUGGUUCAAGAAUAAGGACUACUUGUUUGAGUCCGGUGAGGAUCGAACAAUAACCGUAAACAUUUAUGUACCAGCAACCGCUCGGACUAUAAGUCAUACCGUAUUAUUCGAAGUCACUUGCCACAUUGUAGUAUCGUUGUACUUGGGACCAUUUACGAAAUACCUAAGUAUUGAACUUCCAGCAUAUAUUUGCCACUCUGCCUCAGUGCAGCCGCCACCUGUAGCCAAUCUGGAACUUAAUCAAUACAACAAUCACUACAAUAUGAUUGACGAAAACGCAGACUUUUUUGUGGAAGAUCUCCGGCAAGAUGAUGAUGACACACUUGGUGGCGAAACACAACCAGUAAACAUUCCAAGCUCUGGACGUAAACUUCCCUGGAAUAACGACGAAGCGCAGGGACAAUACUCACCAACAUAUAAUUCAGGAAAGUCGUCAUUUUUUGGAUCCGCAAGUCCAAAAAAGCUUGGUUCUUUCACUUCGACAUUACUGGGACGUCCGAAGCCAAAGUCACCGCCAAAUCCGUCAAAAAUGAUUCCGAAAGGUCCUACUCUGGCUCCUGCCUCUCCAUAUGCUUACAUUCCGGCGAUAGAACGUGUAAGAUAUCUAUCAUUUGCUACUCAACAACAAGCAGCAUUACAAACACGACGGCCUCUUCCGACUCCUCCGCACGUGCCCGGUUUCGGUAUUUACACUGCGAAUGAGGCGAUAUCGCCUCCACUGUCGGAAUAUGAGUGGAUUUCGUCUGCGCCCGAUACGAAGAUAGAACAGUGGUUGGAGACGCAACAAACUGGAUAUUAUCCAUCCGGGUCACGUCCGAUUUCACCAGAAGUUGAAUCCACUACUCCACCGCGAGAAACGACACCAUGGUCCAAUCUCAAUCGAAUACAAGCUGCGAUAAAUAGUGAAGUAGAAAGUGAAUCCCUCGGAGCUGGGAUUGGUGGAAUCCCAAUAGAGGCAAAUCGGAAUUAUCGCCUUCCAGCUGAUUCGUUUCAGAGAAGUGAGACGCCGGUUUCUUCUUUGAAGGGACCGUCAGGCUUGACAUUGUUGAUGAAAUCACAAAACUCGCCGCCGCCAGCUAUCCCAGAAGAAUUUAUCUCGAGGGCAGAGACACCCAAUACGAACUAUGAUAAUAAAGUGACUAAGGGUCGUCCUUUGCCGCCUACGCCUCCGACUAAACCUCCGUUACCGUCGAGACCUUUAGCCAAUCCCGAAUCUCCCAGAGUAGCUUCUCCUGUCAUUAAGAACUCACCCGAGAAUGAUCAAUUCAAAGUUGCACGGAAACCUGUCACCGAUAAUAAAUUCUUGACUGAAUUAAUUGCUGAAUAUAAGGCUGACAGUCGAACUGUAUUGGAGGAUGUCAACAUCGACAAUUCUGAUUCUAAUAGAUCUGACAUUUCAAGGGUCAAGUCCCCCAAUGACAAUCCAAGCUCUUCUGCCGAGGCAGCAGAGUUUGAAUCGCCGAAUCAAUCAAAGCCUGCUACACCAAUUAAAAUUCCUGUUAGUAUUAAUACUUCACCGAGUAGCUCGUUACCUGGUUCGCAAAGUCCAAUUGACCCUUCUAAAAUCACUGCUGCAGCUACUACUUAUGUUAAUACUACUAUUGCUAAGCCAGUCGUGGUUAAGAGCAAGCCUUUGUCACGUACGAAAAACAAAAACGGAGAUGAUGUUAAUGAUGAAGAAGAUGCAAAUUUGACGGCAAAGAUUACCCAGCCUCCAAAGCAGGCGUUAAGCCCUAGAUUGCAGGAAUAUAUUCAGAAAUAUAUCGUGGCGGCUGGGAGAUAA